CUCUUUCCCCCACUCAACUCGCUGGAAAUUUACUCUUGUUCGUUUUUUUUCUGAUGUUAUUGUUUGCUUAAUCUAAAUCUCCCGUCCGCUAAUUUAGUGCCACACACCUUCGCGUGCACUAGUCCCUGACCCAUGGAGCCAUCAUCGUAAGGGUCUUAUUAGAGUAGCUCGCCCGGGCUCAACUUUAUCAUCACCAUACUCAAUCUUCUCUCCUUUAUCGGCCAUUCUUAACGAUCUCACGACGAGACGACCUACCAUUGUACCGCCCCCUUUGAUCCUCCUCCUGGCCGGUCAGCGGGGUAGCUUCUAAAUUUCGGGGACUAUCGCGCGGUCCCACAACCUUCCAGAUCGACCUCGGACUCGGAAGUACAUAUCCGGGGGCCGAAGUGCACUUUUCACCCCUUUCCCAAAUCAAAACACCAACCCACACUAUGACCCUCGGCGAACAGAUGGACGCUCUGGGAGCAUUUUCUUAUCUAUCAGACAAUGCACCGACUUGGAUAGGUCAACUGUCUGAUCUAGCUAACCACACUGCCGCCAAACACGCCGAAUACGCCAAUGCCUACAAACGACACGCCGCCCACAGAACCCGCCGCCGCAGAAACAGCUCUAUCUGCUCCAUUCGCACGGAUGACUUGAAUUCGACACUUGCCAACACCGAGAGUCCGUCCCUCUCAUCUGCCCCUGAAGCUCGAGAAGGAACUGCAAUCACCACUCCGAAUACCUCUCAAAAUCAGCCGAACUCGAAUCCCCGAAAACGCGGAGCCGACGAGGCACCCUGGGUGGACUCGAGUGAUGGGGACAUCUUCGUCAGUACACGGCACAACCUUAUCAUUGAGUAUGAUGGACACACACAGAAGACCUUGGAGGAAAUGGUCCGCAAUAUUGGGACUGCCCGCAACAACAUUCGCAAAGGAAAGAUGUCACAGCUGCGCACAUCCGGGUAUCGCAGUGCCAUGAUGAGUCGCGGUUCAAGGAUGUCGCCAAUUAACGCCUCGCUUGCAAGCCCUACCUCAACGGAGGAUGAACUCCUGACCAGCAUCCGUAACGCUCGGAGACAGGGUCCCCCGGCGUCCCGAGCCCCGGCCGCGUCGCAGGCAUCCCCCUUUGAUGCCGCCGAGAAACAGCUGGAGGUUGUCCAUGGACUGUGUGAAACCGCCGCCUACCAUUUUCUCCGGGCGGGCGACUGUUCAACAGAAUUGGUUACGGUGAAGCAGAAGCUCCAGAGUUUGCUCGACCUGGCCACCAAAGAAGUACACCGACUCAAGGCAGAGCAACCACACGUGGCUGUGGUGCAGGAGGAGAAGAAAGCACCAACGCCUGAACCGUUACCUGGCCCAACACAAACAACUAGGGACGGUGACCAUUCCGUAACGAAGAUGGCUACCAUUGAGGUAGAUGACGGAUCAGACUCGGUCGAGUCCAUUGACUUGACGGUCUUUCGAUCCGGCCGGAUCCGCCGAUAGAAAACGAAGGUCCAGAAUUGAAACACAGCAUUUGGCGGGGACACUCAUUUUACAGCGUGCACUGGGGGAAAAAACAAGCAUUCGUUCUAAUCCUGCACUGGCGAUGAUACCACUGAACCACACAUACCAGCAUUUCCUUUUUUUCGAAUCUCUUGGGACUGAUGCACUUAACCCAGCGUUCUUCCAUAUAUGCAAGCGAGCGUGGCUG